AUGGCGCAGAAGUACUUUGCGGGGACGGAUGUGUCUAGUAAGUUGCUUUUGGCGAUGAGGAAGGCGGCUUUGACGACGCCGAUUGCGCCGGGGGAGUUUGGGCUCGGCACGUUUAGGAGGGUGUGUGGCGGGACUGAGUGUGUUGGCGUGUUGUGCUAUGAGGAGGGUAAUGAUGCGUCGGAGGGCAUGUUGGGGAGUUUCUUAGAGAUGGCCCAGAGUAGCGCUGUCAUUGCUGAGAAUGCUGUUUUUCAGAGGAUUCCGACGUCCAAGUAUGUUGUUUUCAAAAAGGGAGUACAUGAUUACAUGUUCGAUUACUUUAAGAUCAAGACGGUUCCUACUGUCAUGUUCUUCAAACGAGGCGACAUAGUCGGGGCCCAUGAGGGGGGCAACGUCAAGGAAUUUGAGAAGGCUAUUCUUUCUCAAUUCGCUGAGGCUCUGGCUCCUACGCAUUAUUGCAAAGGUGACUAUCCUGACUGGUGUAACACCCGAGAGUAUUGCGCUGCUUGGGAUCUCAAUGCUGUCGAGAAAGGUGGACCGUUAGAUCCUAAAAUCAACAGAAAAUAG